UUAAGAAAAUGAUAAUUAUUAUUAAUGUGUUAGAUUUUAAUACAAUUAAGGACAAUUAAUUAACUAUUAAAGAUCUUCAUUGAUGUGGUAAUAUGUGAAAUCUUUGCGAAAGUAAAGAAAAUCAAUCAAUCAACUUACUAUUUAACUAACAAGGUUGAAACAUUUUGAUCCAAGAUUAACUGUAAAUAAACACUUUAACCAUCAUCAUCAUCAACAACACAUUGGAAUGAUGGAGGAAAAAAUUUGAUUCGAAAUUGAUUCUAUUCGAUCAAAUUGGAAAACAACAACAAUCCUUUGUUUCCAACGGUUUUACCCAUUACCUUUCAAUCCGUUUUUCUUUGUUUUGUUUUAAUACAAAUUUCAAAUUCUCUUCCAAUUUAAUUUAAUCACCAUCACAAUUACCUCGUUCUGUUGAGUUGAAGAUGAAAUUCGCUGAACAUUUAGCCGCUUUAAUUACACCAGAAUGGCGGAAACAAUACAUUCUCUACGAAGAAAUGAAAUAUAUGCUCUACAGUGCAAUGGAAAGGCAACCAUCACCGGAAGUUGCUGAUCGAGAUGAGAUAACUCGUUAUAAUAAAGCCUUCGAUGAGGAAUAUUUAUCUUUCUGUGAGAAAGAAUUGGCAAAGAUAAAUAUAUUUUUCGCCGAGAAACUUGCCGAGGCGACUAGAAAAUUUUCCACCCUCAAAAAUGAAUUAACUCUAAUUAAAUCUAAAUUUGAUGAUCCAAGUUCACGACGAGAUGAUGAUGGUAAUUUUCGUAGCCUUUUAAAUGCGAAAGAUUUUAUUUUACAAAAAGCCGAUGAGCGAGCUCGUAAUCGAAAAUUGAGAGAAUUGAAAUUGGGUUUCUCAGAAUUUUAUUUAAGUUUGGUGUUACUUCAAAGUUAUCAGAAUUUAAAUUUUACAGGGUUUGUUAAAAUUCUUAAGAAACAUGAUAAAUUAUUGGGAAAUGAUGAAGGACUCAAAUGGAGACGAGCCCAUGUAGAAAAUGCACCAUUCCACCUGAACAAAGAGAUUGGAAAAUUGAUCGAAGAGACGGAAAAUUUAUUCACCUCAGAAUUGGAAGAGGGUCAUCGACAAAGAGCAAUGAAACGACUUCGAGUUCCACCUUUAAACGAUCAGCAAAGUCAAUGGACAACAUUUAAGGUUGGCUUUUUUUCUGGAGCAUUUGUCAUCCUUCUUGCCAUCGUUCUGAUUACCGGAGUGUUCAGAGAUCCACAGAAUAAUCUUACCAUGACAUUUCGUCUCUAUCGGGCCACUUUUCUGGUUAUUCUGUUCCUCUUUCUAAUGGGUAUUAACGUCUAUGGCUGGAGAACCUCAGGUGUUAAUCAUGUUCUCAUAUUCGAACUUGAUCCAAGAGAUCAUCUCUCCGAACAGCACAUCAUUGAAAUAGCAGCAAUUUUAUCAGUUCUUUGGUCAGUUUCGGUCAUCUCGUAUCUCUACAGUGAUUAUCUCCAUGUUCCCAAAAUAAUUAAUCCACUUCUUCUUGUUCUGGUCAUGUUACUCUUUCUCUUCAAUCCAACCGAUACUUUUCAGCGAAAUGCAAGAUUCUGGUUUCUAAGAAUCAUGGGACGAUGUUUAGCUGCGCCUUUUUGUCGAGUCAAAUUCGCAGAUUUUUGGCUUGCCGAUCAACUGAAUAGCAUGUCACCGAUUUUUGUUGAUAUUCAAUAUUUUAUUUGCUUUUACAUUUCAGUCUUUUCUGGUGCCUUAGAUAAUUGGUAUUCAAGUCACGAACGAUGUUCGGGUGGAACUAAAGUUGAAGUGAUUAGUCGAGCGGCUUUAAAUUGUCUUCCAGCCUGGUUUAGAUUCUGUCAAUGUCUUCGUCGUUAUUAUGAUGAUAAUCGAGGUCCUUUUCCCCAUUUAGUUAAUGCGGGAAAAUAUUCGACCACUUUUUUCGUUGUCCUAUUUUCGACUCUAACCAAAGCCUAUCAACCCUCUUACGAGGAAUCAACCGAUAAUCCAUUUUUCACCUUAUGGAUUAUCGCUCUUAUUUUCUCUUCUUGUUAUACUUACACUUGGGAUAUUAAAAUGGACUGGGGGCUUUUCGAUUCUUCAUCGCCCUCCGAAUAUCCAUUCCUUCGGGAAGAAAUGGUCUAUUCUUCACCCGCUUUCUAUUAUUUUGCAAUAUGUGAAGAUUUAAUUCUUCGAUUUGGUUGGACGUUAUCAGUCUCGUUAACUGAGAUCGGUAUUGUCCAUGGUGACCUAAUGGUCUCCAUUUUGGCUCCACUUGAGAUUUUCCGUCGUUUUAUUUGGAACUUUUUUCGCCUCGAAAAUGAACAUUUAAACAAUUGUGGUGAAUUUCGAGCUGUUCGUGAUAUUUCAAUUGCUCCGAUUGACGCUGGUGAUCAGGCGAAAUUAAUCAAGAUGAUGGAUGAUCCUGAUGGUGUAACUAAUAGGAAAGUUAAACAACGAAAAUUGAUCAAAAUAAAUCAACAAUUAAGGAAUCAUCAAUCUCUUCAAAGUGCCACAAAAUUUGAUUAAAUCAACAAUACAAACAAACGUUUUAAUAACAAUUUAAAAAAUCAAACCACAAACAAACGGGAACAAAGAGUAAAGAACAAGAGAGAACAGUAAAUGUCGAUAGAACAUUUCGGCCUGAGCUGUUGUUAUCCUUUUCUACCUCAAUAACAAGGUUAAUUUAUCGAUUUUGACCUAAUCUCAAAGAUCUUGAGAAGCUCAUAAAUGUCCACCGACUAUUUUUCGAUCUAAUCUUUGGCGCGGAAAAUCCUCGAAAAAUGGUCUAAGUCGUUUUCUGAUGCAACUAAAAGUCAUCUCAAGUUGAUCUUCUUACCUGCCGAUAGAUUUUCCCCCAAUUUAUAUGAUCGACGUGUAUUAAUUAUUCGAUCUUUUUUCGAAGUAACCUAAAAAACGCGCAUCGCUCCCGCCGAAAAAGUGUAAUAAUCCUUCAGGUCGAAAUGUUUUAUCGCUUCUCUUUUCUCAUAAAGAGCUUGAUUAUCUUUUUCUUUACUCUUUGGAAGGGAAUCAAUUUGAUUAGGAACAAUUUCCUAAUGAUUAACUAAAUUUUCACCAAACAACAAUUAACAUCUUAUUAAUUUGUAAUCUUUUUCCUUUUAGUUAAUUUGAUACAAAACAAUCCAACUAAUUGUACAAUCAAUUUUAUUUGUCUAUCAGAAAGAGACAAAAAUAUUAUCACAAUUUAGCAUUUAUCAAUUUCUAGUUUUAAUUAUUAAGAUUAACCUACUUAUAUAUAAAUUGUUUAAGCCAAAAAAAAAAUUAAAUUGUUUAACUAAUCAAAUCAAAAUCCACAAAAGUUUUUACAAUUAAUGAUGAAACUUUUUGUUUUUCUCAUAUAAUUGUAGACUAAAUUGUAUAUAAAAUUAAUAAUUGAAUAAAAUGAUAUUAUUAUUGA